AUGCACGCGCCCCUCGGCGUCCCAGAGCGUCAAUUGGCAUGUGCGGACCUCAUCACUGCCCUGAAUGAGUGCCAUGCGCGCGGUAUGCUCGUCAGAUGGGCGGGGUUGUGUAAUGGCGAGAAACAGGCUUUGACCAUGUGUUUGAGGAAAGAGAGAAUAGAUCGGACGACACGCAAUAGGGAAGAUGCGAAGGGGCGGAAUAUGAAGAAGAAUGAGGCGUGGGCGGAGCUGGAUAGGGAGCUGCGGACCGGAGAGCAGGGGGGUGGGCAGCAGCAGAGUGCAGAGCGGCCAUGA